AUGUCUUCAACUUCAUUGAUCAAUGUUGAAAUUCCACCAAUUUUGAAAGACAUUGUUUCUAUUACUGAUGAAAUAGAGAAGAUAUCCAAUGAAAACACAGAAGAAAUCGGAACCAAAGUUAUUGAAUUUAUCAAAUCAAAUCCUGAUGAAAGAUCUCUUAUUAUUAACUUCAUCGGUGAUCUUGCUUCAUCACAUCCUAAGCAGGCAACUAAUCUAGCUGAUGUUUCAUCUAUUAUUUUUAAAACAUUUUUAUCGAAUUUUUCAAGAGAUUCUUUGAAAGAAAUCAGUGAAGAAUUUGUUGAAUUACUUGAGCACAAAGGAGAUUUAGAACCACAAGAAGAUGAAGAUGAAUACGAAGACGAUGAACCACUCAUCAAAGAUUAUGAUCACAAAAGUUUGGAGUUCAUUUUGAUGUGGGACAAAAUUGAAGAACUUCAAAAAAUGUCCUCUUCAAAGAACUUCAAAUUCACAAGAGAAAUUGAAGAUAUGACAUUAAUCGAGUUUGCAUCACAGUUCGGUUCAGUAAAUUGCUUUAACUUCUUACUCCAAAAUGGUUGCAAAAUCACAAAUAAAACAGAUUAUUAUGCAAGUUUAGGCGAAAGCAUCGAAAUUGCAAAAAUUCUCAAAGAAAAAGGUCUCAAAUUUGACGAAUGCUUCGAAUACAGCUUAAAGUCACAUAACAAUGACUUUGCUGAAUGGCUUAUCCAGAAUGGCUUUGAGAAGAACGCUUUGUCUGUUGCUGAAUGCGUAAAUAACAUCAAUAUUAGAGCCUUGCUUUAUAAAUUACAAAACAAAGGUGACAUUAAUGACAGAGAUAUCUCAAAUGAUGACGAUGAUGAAGAUGACUUUGAGAAUGGAGAUACUGCUUUGAUGUAUGCUUCUCAAUAUGGAUCGAAAGCUCUUGCUGAAUUCUUAAUCCAAAAUGGAAGUGAUGUCAAAAUGCUCAAUUAUUACAAGAACGAAAAGAGCUUGGACAAAACAAGCCUCCAUUUCGCUUGUGAAGCAAAUUCAUUCUCUGUUGUUAAACUUCUUGUUGAUAAUGGUGCUGAUGUCAAUGCAAAAGCAAUUUCUCGUAAUAAAGGAGACAAAAAAGAUGAAAGAACAUUUGGAGAAACUCCUUUACACAUUUCAUGCAGACUUGGCAACCUCGAGAUUGUUAAAUACAUAAUUGAAAAAGGAGCUUCACUCAAUGAAUCUUGUGAUAAUGGAGAUUUAUCAUUGUCAGCAAUUCAUUUUGCUGCAAUGAGUGGUAAUGUUGAACUUGUUUCUUUCUUGGUUGAAAAGGGUUGUGACAUUAAUUCUAAAUCGCCAGCAAACACACAGCCAAUACAUUAUGCAGUACAGUCAGCAAAUAUCAAUUUAGUUAACUACUUUAUUGAGAAAGGUGCAGAUGUUAAUGCAAAAGCUAAAUUAUAUUCUAAGAAUGCAACAGGAGUUACUCCUUUACAUAUUUCAUGCUUUGUUCAUGAUGAAGAGAUCGCCAAUGCACUUAUUUCUCAUGGAGCAAAUAUUAAUGAAAAGAUAGGAGAAUACAAUGGAAAGAAGAACUUAAUCAUCAUUCAGUUGGCUACAAUUGAAGAUUCUCCUUCUAUUGUCGAGAUUUUGGUUAAAAAUAAAGCUGAUGUCAAAGCUAUAGAUGAUGAAGGAAAAACAUGUCUAAUGACUGCCGCUGAGAACAGCGCAUUUGAAAUUGCAGAAUUUCUCAUCAAAAAUGGUUCUGAUGUUAAUGCAAAGGACAAAUCCGGAUCAUCAGUAUUGAAAAUUGCUAGAAGAGCAAAUUCACAAAGGAUUGCUGAACUCUUGCUUGAAAAUGGUGCUAUCAACGAGACAUCAAAGAAUAAUAAAAAGAAAAACUCAGAUGAUUUGAAAUUAAAAUCAUUAUUCCACUGA